UUACUACAACAGAGAACAUCCAUGACAAUAUCAGCUUGUGGGUGACCACAGAGGUCUUCAAUUAAAUUUACCAACGAGCCUCCACAAGGGAUGAAGGCCGGACUGAAGCAGACAUACAUACAAUAGUGUGACCCAGGAACAGCUGGAGAUCUCCAACAUGCCUCACUGGAGACAUCUUUUCUAUGCUGUGGCCUUCCUCCACACCACAGUCCAGGUAUUUGGCAUCCAUUCCAAUGCUGAGAUCAUCUUCCAGAGAAACAUGGCUAAUGAAACCAUGAGCACCAUUCUCAACAUCCAACCCAAUGACAGCAGUUGCAGGGAGGGCGAGAUCAGGGAGUUGUCUGUCCAUAGAACGGCCAAUGAGAUGUUAGAAAAACUUACUGCUGACUAUGUGCCACAUGAGGUGAUGAGUCACACACAAAAAUGGGAGUGUUCCAGCCCAUGACUAUAUUUCUUCGUCAAGAGCUUGAUAGAAUGCAGCGCGUCAUUGGUUGUGUCCGCAGUACCCUCAUUGACCUUAAACUUGCCA